GCAGAUUUGGCUGCUGUGGUUUCGUGAGCGAGGAGCGAUCGAUACGAAUUUGAGGUUAGGUGCAAUAUUUUGGUCAUCGCGAGUUGCGGUUUUUUUAUAAAUUGCGGACAGUCCGCGAGUGAGAGUCGCGAAAAUCGCAACUGUAUGGCUCAUUGAAUGGAAAUGUCAUCGCUGAUGGGAAAGCCAAUCCUCUACUCUUAUUGGAGAAGCUCAUGCUCUUGGAGAGUGAGAAUAGCUCUGAACUUGAAAGAAAUCCACUAUGACAUAAAACCAGUAUCUCUAAUAAAAUCUGGAGGAGAGCAACAUUCCAAUGAAUACAGAGAGGUCAACCCCAUGGAACAAGUUCCUGCCCUGCACAUAGAUGGCGCCACUCUAGUGGAAUCCUUGAGCAUCAUGCAUUACCUUGAAGAAACUAGGCCCCAUAGGCCUUUGCUACCAAAUGAUUGCAUCAAGAGAGCUAAGGUGAGAGAAAUAUGUGAGGUGAUUGUAUCUGGUAUCCAGCCACUCCAGAAUUUAACAGUUCUCAUCCAUGUUGGUGAGGAAAAGAAGAAUGAAUGGGCCAAGCAUUGGAUAAAGAGGGGACUCAGAGCAGUAGAGAAAUUAUUGUCAGCUAGUGCUGCAAAGUAUUGUGUUGGGGAUGAUAUUACAAUGGCAGAUUGUUGUCUGAUACCACAGGUAUUCAAUGCUAGAAGAUUUCACGUAGACUUACGUCCUUACCCGAUCAUAUUGAGGAUUGACAGGGAGCUUGAGAUCCACCCUGCCUUCAUUGCAGCUCAUCCAAAUAACCAACCAGACUGUCCUCCAGAAGCAACAAAGUGAAUAUGAUUAGUCUUUCUUCCAUACAAAAGUACAAACCACAACUAUCAGUGAUAUUUUAUCAAGUCAAUGAAUCAUACUUUAAGAUACAACAUUUUUGAAAAAUACCUACUUUUAGGAAAAGAUGAUUCUAUAUUUAAUAAGUAAAAAAAAUUACAUUCAAAAAUGUAUAGGUACAUCAAGUUACAGGUCAUGUAUUGACUCUAUCAUGAUUAAAAAAGCUUUCGAUUUGUAUUUGCUGCUGCUAAUUGCUAGAUCAGAGACCAUAAUCUGUAUCAGAAAUGUUGAGAUUUUCUACUGUUGUUAAUGCUUUAUGCUUUUAUUCAUUUAAUUCCAGUGCAUUACAUUGUAUGAUGAUUGUACAAAUCAAAAACAAUUGAUAAUUAUAAUAAAUAUAUAUUAUACAUACAUGA